AUGCGGUUCUGCGCGGACAAGCUGCGCGGGUCCAAGCAUGCGCUCAUAGACGCGCUCGAGGCCAUGCGCGACGAAGAGCUGCCCGUCGUCAAGUUUAAGCACAAGCUGCUGUACGAGGCGCAUGAGAAGGAAGAAGACAUCCGCGAGCGCAACCUCAAGAAGUUUGAAGCGCUCGAGAAGCAAGCCCACGAGAUGCUUGACAAGAUGCUUGCCGAGAAGAAGCAGCUCGAGACCGAGAUGCGCCGGCAGUCGCAGCAGUUCCGCAACGUCAUGGACCAGCGCGACGCCGACGUCGAGGCAGAAUACUCCAAGGCGCUCGGCCAACUCCACGACGAACUUGAAGAUACGACGCAGCAAUUGGAGCUGGCAAUUCGGAUCCGGGAUGCCAAACACGCGCACUUGACCGACCUCCCAGCGCCGUCAACCGACUUGGACGAGCUUGUGGCGACGAAUGCGGCGCUCAAGGCCCAAGUCGAAGACGCUAACGAAGACGUUGCAGCACUCAAGGACGAGUACCAUGCGCUCAAGAACGCGCCGAUCAAGCGCAAGCCGCAGGACGAGCUCGUCUCGGCCAAGUCCCGCGCCCUCGCCGAGAAAAAGGAUGCGAUGGAGUGUGUGCAUCUGCAGCAAGAAAUUCGCGUCCUCCAGCAAACCCACCAAACGAUGCAAAACAAGUCGACACAGCGCCACUGGCUUGAGCUCCAAGUGCAAGAAAACAAGCGCGUCGAAGAAGCCAUCGCCAACGUCGCCGCCGAGAUCGAGGCGACCAAGACCAACCUCGUCCAGACGUCCAUCCGACUGCAGUCGCUGCUGCGGACACUGGCGUCGUCACCGACCGUCGGCGCGGUCAUGACGCGUCUCUACGGGCUUUUUUCGGCGACGAACGUGACGCUUUCGGUCGCCGAGUGCUUGGCCGCAAGCCCGAGCGAGCCCGAAGGCAGGCAGGCGCUGCUCGAGCUCGAGCAAAUGGGCCUCAUUCGGCGCGAGAGCGACUUUAUCACCAAGAUCUAGACUCGAUACAACUCGUGUAGCUUUACUUACCGC